GAGGGGCUGGAACGACAGAAAGGAAUGUAGGUUAAACAACAGAAGAGUUCACAAAGAAAAACACUCAUGGACAGUGAGUCUGUGACAGUUCUGACAAGGGCGGUUUCCAGGACGACCGAGUGGACCUGAACACAUCAUGCUGAGUCGUUUGUCAUGAUCAUGGCUCAGAUGGAUGAAGACAAACUGUCGUGCUGGUGCAUCCUGACGUUCCACCGGGAGGUCCUGGUGACCCGGCUGAGGAGCAUCCAGUGCAUCGUGGACAACCUGCUGUCGGCCGAGUUCCUCUGCCAAGAAGACGCCGAGAUCAUCCAGCGGACGGCCACCAAGAGCAACCAGGUGCGUAAAAUCCUGGAGUUGGUCCAGUGUAAAGGUGAACAGGCCUGUGAGUUUCUGAUCUACAUCAUAUAUAAAGUACGUGACGCCUACAUCGACCUCCAACCAUGGUUGAAGGAGAUCGACUACAGACCCAGUCAGGAUGUGACGGUGAUGGAGGUGGUCAACACCGACCCCAUCAGCAGAUACUGUGAAAAGUUGAGGCAUGAAAUGAGCCGGGACACGUCCUUCAUCAUGUCGUACGGUCAGCGAGACGAAACCCGUUUGGAGGAUCUCUACACCGACACACUGAUGGAACUGUUCAACGACUGCAACGAAAGCCUGGGCUUCGUGGAGAGUCUGGACCAGCUCUUAGGGGACCACGCCGUCUUCAACCCACAAGGUGAAACCAUCUACAUGGUAGGAGACGCCGGCGUAGGGAAGUCCAUCCUCCUGCAGAAGCUCCAGAACCUAUGGUCCAAGAAGGAGCUCCAGACCGACGCCAUCUUCUUCUUUAAGUUCCGCUGUCGGAUGUUCAGCACCUUCAGAGACUCGGAGCAGAUCUCACUCCGAGACCUGCUCUUCAAAUACAACUGUUAUCCAGAUCUAGAUCCAGAUGACGAGGUGUUCGACUACAUCCUGCGCUUCCCUGAGAGGGUCCUGUUUACAUUCGAUGGCUAUGAUGAGAUUCAGGAGGUUCUGGACCUGAUGAACAUGCCUGAGGUGGUGUCACCAGAGGAGAAGGCGCACCCCCUCCAGCUGCUCAUCAGUUUACUGUCCGGGAAGUUACUGAAGGGCUCGCAGAAGGUUCUGACGGCCAGGACAGGCGUGGAGAUCCAGAGCAGGGUGGUCAGGAAGAAGGUGACCCUGCGAGGAUUCUCCCCGACUCAUCUGAAGACCUACAUCAAUCUUCACUUUAAAGAUCAGGAGCAUCGAGACCUGGUGUCGGUGCAACUGGACGCCAGCCCCCACCUCUGCGGACUCUGCUCCACGCCACUCUUCUGCUGGAUCGUCUUCAAGACCUUCAAACAUUUACACUCCGUGCACGACACUUUUGAGCUUCCUGAAACCUGCGUCACACUAACAGACAUCUUCCUUCUGUUAUCGGAGGUGUUCCUCAGCCGUUUAUCCCGGCCUUCUUCAUCUCUUGUGAAGAGAAACCUCCGAUGUGCAUCAGAGACCUUCAAAGCCGGUCUCAGGCCACUCACUGGAUUUGCCAAACUUGCUCUUCAGGGUUUGGAAAGAGGUAGCUUCAUAUGCAGCCCGGAGGAGGUCGCUGCUUGUGGUCUGAUGGAGGAAGAUCUGGCUCUGGGUUUCCUCAGAUCUGUCAGUGAAUUCAACACCAACGAAAGCCCUGCCACCUUUGAGUUCCUCCACAUCACACUCCAGUCCUUCCUUGCAGCAUUUGCUCUUGUGUUGGAUGAACAGGCUCCUGAAAACUCCAUCCUGAAGUUCUUCACAGAGUGCAGCAGAAAGAGGAAGUCAUCAUGUCUGCCAUUUGAAAUCUGUAGCAUUAAAUCCACGAAGCAGAGUGAAAAAAAGCCAUUUACGACCAACGAACACCUCCAGUUCACUAACCUAUUCCUGUGUGGGCUGCUGUCGAAGGCUCAUGUUGGUCUGAUGGAACAUCUGGUGUCUCCUGUGUCUCUAAAGAAAAAGCGUUCCUUACUGAAGGCCUACCUUUCCACCAGUGUGAAGUCCCACCUCCAUGGCUUACCGGCCUACACCACCGAAGAGGGCAAGAGAGUCCACGUUUUGCCCAAUUUCCUGUGGAUGCUCCGGUGCAUCUUUGAAACCGACAGCAAGGACAUAGCGAAGAUGACAGCCAAAGGCAUCACUGCUGGCUUCAUCAAACUGGGGUACUGUAACGUGUACUCAGGCGACUGCACCGCCCUCAACUUCGUACUGCAGCACCGCCGCAAACUCCUAGGGCUCGACAUGGACAACAAUAACAUCAGCGACUACGGGGUGAGGCAGCUGAGGCCCAGCUUCUCCAAGAUGACAGUGGUGAGGUUGUGCGUCAAUAAUCUGUCUGACAGCAGCAUGGAGGUUCUGUCAGAGGAGCUGUGUAAAUACAAAGUGGUGGAGAUCUUAGGACUUUAUAACAACCACAUCACAGAUGUCGGCGCCAGGUUCGUCGCUCAGAUAAUCGAACAGUGUCCGAAGCUGAAGAAGCUCAAGAUUGGUAAAAAUAACAUCUCAAGCAUUGGUGGGAGAUAUUUGGCCAACGCAAUCCAGAAGAGCACGUCUAUAUUUGAAGUGGGAAUGUGGGGGAACAGCAUUGGGGAUGAAGGAGCAAACGCCUUUGCUGAAGUUUUGAGAAACCACCCGAGUCUGACCAACCUCAGUCUGUCGGCUAAUGGCAUCACAUCAGAAGGAGGGAAGAGUCUGGCGAAGGCGCUGAUGGAGAACAGCUGCCUCCGAAUAUUCUGGUUGGUGCAGAACGAAUUAUCCGACGACGCAGCUCCACAUUGGGCCAAGUUGAUCGGAGCCAACACGGGUCUGACCCACCUGUGGUUAAUCAACAACCAGUUCAGUAUGGAUGGAAUCCGACGGUUCUCAGAGGCUCUUGGUCACAACACACACCUCAAAGAGAUAUGUGUAAAAGGAAACCAACUCGCAGAAGAGGAAGAGAAACAGUUUGUGGAAGAGAAAAGGCUGCGGUUCCACUGAACAGACGCCAGAUUAACCCAUAAAGGCCCAAACAGCCAACGACCACCAGCAUCUACUGAUCUGAACCCUUUAACAUCUGCUGAUCCACUAAUCUGAUCAAUACAUGGAAAUAAUUGGUGUAAAAUACGG